AUGCUGGCGGGAAUUUUAUUUUUGGAUCGUCUUAGCUACAAUACAUCGGUUCAGGAGCAUGGAUACCUAAACCGCUAUUCAUUGAAUGAACUAACAGUAACAGAAAUCAAUCAGAUGUAUUUAACUAAGGGAGAACUAUUAAAAUCUCACAUAGAUGACCAAAAUAAUGGAUUAAAGCUUGGAAAACAGUCAAGAACUGAUUUUCACUGCCAUUACUACUCAAACAAAAAUAACUAUACUGAUUAUACUAAUUAUUAUACAACAUCUAUUAAUAAUGAUGGUAAGGGCGAGAGUGAUAAACCCUAUUCAUGUUGGUCAUCAGAACAUUUUGAUGAUACUCCCCAAGUGUUCAUAACGCUGUCAAAUAUAUUGAGUGAUAUAAAAAACAUCGAGGUUGGAUUUAAUAGAUUUUUAUACUCGUUUUCAACGAGUGGUAAAAAUGGUGCAAUUCCAGGCCAUAGCAUAUUAUUUCGUCUGAAUUGCAUGAGAUGUAUGCCCAGAGGAGCAACAUUGCUAAUUGCAACAGUUAAUACAGAGAAUUUUGAGGAAGAUUUAACGAGCGUCCUGCUCAGUGUAACAGCUUUGAGACACUUUUCAACAGCAAAGUAUCUCUCACAGAACAUUUUCCUGCUAGUGACAAUGCGUCAACUGACAUUUUCAGCAGGAACUAGACAGUUUUUGCAAGACUACUUCAAUAGUCCGUACUUCAAACUGAGAUCUGGAACAAUACAUAACGCAUUGGUGCUUGAUUUGGGCUGUAAUAACUGUUCAUCGUACCUAAUUUCAUAUGAAGGAAUAGAUGGCUGGUUGCCCAACCAAGAUAUUGUUAACAUCUUUGUUGAAAUCGCAAAUGUAGAAUCACUUGUAGUAAAUGUGAGAGGGAUGUGGACCUCGAUUUUUAGAAUGGCAGUUAACGUUGAUAGAACCAGACAUCACGUACCACUUUUAGAGAGGAAUAUUAAUGCAUUCUCACUGAUUUGUAAAUAUACCAGUUAUAGCGAGUCGAAGGUAAAAAAUAAUGAGGAACUGUUACUGAAGUCGUUAAUUCUGACUUUGAGGAAUCAGAACAACUUGGACACCGUUUUGGAAAGAUCCUUCAACUUUUAUUUCUUUGUUAGUCCAACUUCAUUUGUAUCAAUUUCAGUCUACAGCUUAGUCGUUCCACUCUUGUUUAUCAGACCAAUUUCGAAAAUUAUCCUUUAUCCGUUCUUCGAUAACUUGCAAAUGUUCCUAGGCAUUUCGCUAGUCUUUUUCAAUAUAUUCGUGGGAUCAAUUCCAGCCUACUUUAUUCUAUUAAAACUGGUUAAAAAGAAUUCCGGGAACCCAUUCAACUCACAAAUUAUUCAACGGAUCAAAUUCUCAUUAUUGGUGCUGGUAUUAUCGUAUUUCGUAGUCUUCCUGUUCAACUCACUACUGUUUUAUAAAACGAGUAAUUUAUUUGGGGAUGACUACACUAAUGUAGAUUAUCUAUCAAAAGAUUUACUGCUCCCGAAGCGGAAUAAUUCAAUAUUGAACAAGUUUAAAUUUCAAAAUUUAAUACGAGUUUUAAAACAUUUUAAACUUAAAUUUAUGAAUAAAUUUCGUAAAAAUGAUAAUAAUGAGGAUAAUUCGGAUACGACAAACACGGGAGAUACAGCGAAAAAUGUUGUACAUAAUAGUAUGGAAAUAAUGAGGACUAAAGAAAUCAUGAGAUGCAUGGGAUAUUACUGGUAUAUAUUGAGAUUACCAGACCGUCUGCCAAGUAUUGAAUUGUUUCUAUUAUACUCAGUUUACUUUGUAUCAUUAUCGUUUUUGCUAGGAUUGUCAGUUUUAAAUUGGUCUUUGUCAUUCUUACUCUCAAUUGUACUGUUAGUGCCCUUUAAUGUGAUUAGUACUAAAAGCGUUUUAAGAGGUAAAAUCACAGCCUCAAUCAGUACAAUUUACUUCAUCAUAUUCACAAUAUUUUUCUAUCCAUUUGAAGGCAAAGUGGGUAUUGCAAGGGCCUUUUUGUUUGAAAAUUCUAAAAAGUGCUUCAAAAUCUUGGGGGAAUUUUUUAGCUCAGGCUGGUUUAGGAAAAAUGAUAUAACGAACGAUCUGGGAGAUAAAUUCUCGUACAUUUCUGAACACGUAUUUGGAUCUAAAACUCAAUGGAUAAACUCAAGAGGAAAUUUGUUUCUUUUAAGGAAAAUCUACUCAGCUUCGGAAAAUCAUCUUCUCUUUGGAUCCUAUAAUAUUGUGGUUCUUCUCUUCAUGUUUGGAAUCAUCUCACACACGCUCUUUUUAAACCUCUUACUACUCAUUAAACGAAGUCACAAAGUUAAAUCAGACUAA